AGGCUGUCCUAGGAAGCCGAGUGGGAGUGGCACGGAGCUGCUGGAGGUCCUGAGAACCUGAGUUUCGGCAAGCAGCCAGGUCUGGAAACUAAUAUUUUAAAAAUGACUACACCAAACAAGACACCUCCUGGUGCUGACCCCAAGCAGUUGGAAAGGACUGGAACAGUACGGGAAAUUGGAUCACAAGCUGUUUGGUCACUCUCAUCUUGCAAACCAGGAUUUGGAGUGGAUCAGUUACGAGAUGACAAUCUAGAAACUUAUUGGCAAUCAGAUGGUUCCCAGCCUCAUUUAGUGAACAUCCAAUUCAGAAGAAAAACAACAGUGAAGACAUUAUGUAUUUAUGCAGACUACAAAUCUGAUGAAAGCUAUACUCCAAGCAAGAUCUCAGUCAGAGUAGGAAAUAAUUUUCACAACCUUCAAGAAAUUCGGACAUACAGAAAAACUCAAAGAAUUGUACAGUGAACGCCAGUAUACUCACCUCUUAGCUUCUUUAGUUGUUAAUAUUUUGCUAUAUUUGCUUUAUUGCAACCUGUCCAUCUAACUUUUUUGUGCAUUUAAAAAUAAUUUGCGCAUACUUGUCCAUUUCACCCCAAAUACCAGUGUGAUAUAUUGGUAGAGUUAUCAACAUUUGCUUAAUUUUCAUUUGUUAAGAUAAAAUUUAUGCACAAUUUUGCAUAAUCUUAAGUAUAUUACUUGGUGAGUUUUGACAAACACAUACAUUUAUAUGUAAUCCCAACUCCUGUUAAAAUAUAGAACAUUUCCACCACUCCAGAGAAUUCCAUCAUAUCUGUUCCCAGUUCAGGCUUCAUCUCUAUCCUACCCUCAGAAAUAACUAUUAUACUGAUUUUAUUGAUUAAUUUUUUAUCAUAGAUCCAUAUUGCCUGUUUUACAAUGUCAUAUGAACAGAGUCAUACAGGAUAUAACUUUUAUGUAUGGCUUCUUUCACUCAGCCUAGGGUUUUUGAGAUUUGUCCAUGUAGUUGAA